ACCCUUGGAGAAAUCUGACUCCCAAACAGGUGAGGAAGAUGAAAGUCAGAAUUCUAUGGAGCCACCUGUGAAUUUAUGCGAAAGAACAAAGAAAUUGAGGAUACAACAACAAACUCACAAAGGAAAGAAACGAUUUGAAUGUACGGAAUGUGGAAAGAGGUUCAGUCGAAGUGGAAAACUUAGAAUACACCAACAAACUCACACAGGGGAGAAAACAUUUAAAUGUAUUGAAUGUGGAAAGAGCUUCAGUCGAAAUGAUGCACUAAGAAUACACCAACGAACUCACACGGGGAAGAAACCUUUUAAAUGUAUUGAAUGUGGGAAGAGUUUCAGCAAAAGUGGAACACUUAGAAUACAUCAACGAACUCAUACGGGGGAGAAACCAUUUAAAUGUAUUGAAUGUGGAAAGUGCUUCAGUCAAAGUGGAGAUCUUAGAAUACAUCAACGAACUCACACAGGAGAAAAACCAUUUAAAUGUGUGGACUGUGGAAAGAGCUUCAGUCGAAGUGGCACACUUAAAAGUCAUCAGCGAAGUCAUACAGGAGAGAAACCAUUUAAAUGUAUGGAGUGCGUUAAGAGCUUCAGUCAAAGUAGACUCCUUAGAAGGCAUCAGCUAAUUCAUACGGGAGAGAAACGAUUUAAAUGUAUUGAAUGUGGAAAGAGCUUCAUUCAGAAUGGACACCUUAGAAUACAUCAACGAACUCACACGGGGGAGAAACCAUUUAAAUGUAUUGAAUGUGGAAAGAGCUUCAUUCAGAAUGGACACCUUAGAAUACAUCAACGAACUCACACAGGAGAAAAACCAUUUAAAUGUAUGCAGUGUGGAAAGAGCUUCAGUCAUAACGGAGCACUUAAAGUACAUGAACAAAUUCACACUGGGGAGAAACCAUUUAAAUGUAUUGAAUGUGGAAAUAGCUUCAGUGAAAGUGGAGCAUUUAGAAUACAUCAACGAACUCAUACGGGGGAGAAACCAUUUAAAUGUAUUGAAUGUGGAAAGUGCUUCAGUCAAAGUGGGAAACUUAGAAGACAUCAACGAACGCACAUGGAAGAGAAACCAUUUAAAUGUAUUGAAUGUGGAAAGAGCUUCAGUCAAAGUGGAGAUCUUAGAAUACAUCAACGAACUCACACAGGAGAAAAACCAUUUAAAUGCGUGGACUGUGGAAAGAGCUUCAGUCAAAGUAGACUCCUUAGAAGGCAUCAGCUAAUUCAUACGGGAGAGAAACGAUUUAAAUGUAUUGAAUGUGGAAAGAGCUUCAUUCAGAAUGGACACCUUAGAAUACAUCAACGAACUCACACAGGAGAAAAACCAUUUAAAUGUAUGCAGUGUGGAAAGAGCUUCAGUCAUAACGGAGCACUUAAAGUACAUGAACAAAUUCAUACGGGGGAGAAACCAUUUAAAUGUAUUGAAUGUGGAAAGAGCUUCGGUGAAAGUGGGAAACUUAGAAGACAUCAACGAACGCACAUGGAAGAGAAACCAUUUAAAUGUAUUGAAUGUGGAAAGAGCUUCAGUCAAAGUGGAGAUCUUAGAAUACAUCAACGAACUCACACAGGAGAAAAACCAUUUAAAUGUAUUGAAUGUGGAAAGAGCUUCAGUCGUAGUGAAACAGUUAGAAGACAUCAACGAACUCACACGGGGGAGAAACCAUUUAAAUGUAUUGAAUGUGGAAAUAGCUUCAGUCGUACUGAAACACUUAGAAUACAUCAACGAACU